GGCCCUCAAGAUGAGCCCGUGGUCAUAUAAGGAGAAGCGGUGUAAGGUUGCUAUGUUGGUUUGGGGCUUGUGGAAGCGUCGCAAUGCUCUUGUCUGGGAGGGAGACUGGCAGAGCUCGGCUAGUGUUAUUAGCUGCUGUUCGAGCAUGUUGUUAGCAUGGAGGGAGGCACAACCGUCUGCAGCAAGGUCACCGAGUCAGGCAAGGAGGGAUGACCAGAAGUGGAAGCGGCCGAGAGCAGGAGUAAUCAAGAUUAAUGUAGAUGCAGCGGUUGACAUUACACGAGGAGUGCGAGCUUGGGGCUGGAUUGCAAGAGAUGAUCAGGGCGAAUUUGUGAAAGCAGGAGGGGCAUCAUGUAAAGCGCAAUGGUCUCCGGCAGAAUCGGAGGCGAUGGGUCUUCGGGAGGCUGUCCUGGCAGGAAUUUCAGAGGGAUGGGAUAGGGUGGAAAUAGAAACUGAUGCACAAGUAGUAGCUCGAGGGGUCCAAAGUAGUGAGGGUGCGGCAUACAUCGAUUUGAUCCUUGAUGAUAUACGUUGGUUAGUUCAUACAAAGAGUAAUUAUGUUAUCUCUUUUUGUAAGCGAUCUGCGAAUCGUGCGGCUCAUGCUUUAGCAAGAACGCAUGUUACUAUCUCAGAUCAUAGUAGUAGUUAUGAUUCUAUUCCGGAUUGUAUUGUAAGCCAAGUGGCGAAUGACUUGUUGAAUUAAUGAAAGAUGUUGAGUCCCGGUUCAA